AUGCGUGAGCGUGUCACGUUUAUCCACAACGACUAUACCCUUGAUCCUGAGCAGCUGGACAACCAAGAAGCUGGAUUGCUUGGGCCUCAAAUCGAGUCAGUCCGUCAGGAUAAACUCACUAUCCCCUUGGACGAGUUGCCUAGUGAGCUCACCGACAUACUCCAAGAGUAUGAGGCUCUUCAUAUCAGAUGGGCUAGCCCUGUCAAAUCUGAGACACUCGACCCUUUCACUUCACGAAUUUCGCCCGGGCUUCAUGUCUACGUGACUCCGGAAUCCCCAAACUCAUGUAACCCAACAAAACUUUGCGGCUGGCUCCAGAGGUUUGGGCCACUAGCCUGUUCAAAGCCAGAGGCUUUCACUGAGUUUAAGCAACCAGCUACCUCCACAGCCCCGAACUUCUCAUUUCAUCAAACACUGGAAGAUCUACACUCCUUCAUUACUAUCAGCUCUCAGGAGUUCUGUCCUGAACUGGACACUGUUUGUAAUGCCCGGCUACGAAGCUUGUUGACCGCGACCAGCUUGGACUUAUCAUUUGAUAAGUCUACAAAGGCUCUUGUCGCUUCCGCGCUAUGGCCUCUUCGACCACAAACCGUUGCUGUUCCUGCAUCAACCGAAAGAAGGGUUGAAGUCGGCAUUUUCGUCAACGACCGCUCGCAACCAAACAUGAAGGAGAACGAGCUUGGUGUUGCUGGCGUUCUAUCCGUACUUGGUGACAAGAAAAAGCCCUCGCCAACCAUCUUCACUUUCCCAGCCCGACACCGUCGAGAUGAAUCUGUAUUUACAUCUAGAUUCCUCACCCCCACAGGCCUUCACCCAACCCUUCAGCUCAGCUUCAGCUCUAACAAGCCUCCAAGCGCUGAGGGCGAGUGUACGCCAUACGCAUUCUUGACAUUACCCAAGGUCAUAUUUGCGGAUCGUUAUCAACUAGGAGACGAUCUGUUCCUGGCCUCCAAGAACUUGACAGCUUUGCGAUACACAACUCUACCCGUGGACUUGGAAGCACCAGCAUAUACCACUGAGACAUGGGGGUCCAGUAUUCUGCUUGAGCUCGCGCCACCUCCCUCUGGAGAAAGCCAGCCGUGGAAUGUUGAAAUCCCUCUCCACCUGCGAUACCUUAAGCCUUCAGUGACUGACCAAGCCGAGGCCGAUAUUCCCUAUCCUGCUGUCUUCUGGGCAUGCUCCUCAGGGGAGGAGACGCUGGAGAACCCAUUUGAUCGUCUCCAUAUUGGCUAUGACAAUCUUUUCCCUCGAGACACUGCCUUCUGGCAUGUGACCCCCCAACCAGAGGGCGGGAGCAGACUUAUGCACCGUGUCAAUGUCCCUGUCCUUAAGCUUGAGGGCAUAGAUACAAUCAGGACAGGCACGGCAAUCGCAGUUUCGCUAGGUUUCGCCUGGGUAAUGUGGAAGCUGGUCGGUGUUAUGCUAAGUAAACUCGAGCUUCUGGAACAAGAGCUCAGAUCCAUCAAAGAAGUUGUACAGCCCAAGAAUAACGCAGAAUCGCCAUCAGUCUCUCAAAGAAACGGAACUGUGUUUCCUACACAACCAUCCCAAUUGCCUCCGGCCACAAAUGGUGCCGUCUUUUCAUUAUCAAGCAACCUGCAAAGCCCUCAACAACCCCAGUCGUUGGUGCCAUCAGCAACGCUGCUCGAAAAGACAGAGCCUACGAAAUCCCGCAUGCUAGGUGGUAAGUUGGUGUCAGGACAGGAUAUUGAUUGGUACUUCGAGAAAUAUCUGCAAUGCUAUCAUCCCUAUCUACCCAUCUUGAGGAAGAAAGACCCAGAUGAAUGCUUCGAAGCAUCAACAACUCUCUUCUGGACAGUGAUAUCGACAGCUUGUCGUCGAUAUGCCAAAGAUGAACAACUUGUAACCUUGCUGCUCGACUCUCUUAACCGCGACGUUUGGGGCCUGCUUCAGGCCAUUACAUUAGACCUCGAGUCUAUUCAGACUCUAUUGAUAAUCUGCACUUGGCCGUUCCCUACCAUUAGGUUCGUCACUGAUCCAUCGCCUAAUUUCAUAAGCAGUGCCCUCAACGCUUGCAUGCUUCUCGGUCUACACACUGGCCGAGGAUCUCAUCCUAGCUUCUUGAUUGGCGGACGCCAGCACAUGACAUGCACAGACUACGAGGCAUCUAUAACGUGGGUGUUCUGUAGUAUUCUCGCCCAAAGAGUAUCUACAGGCAACGGGCAUCCGCCUCCUUUUCUCCAGCAUAAUGACACCAAGUGCAAGGACACCAUCAAAGAUAGUCUUGCGCCGGAGUUACUCACCUUUUUUGAGCUACAAAAGUUUUCAAAUAGGUUACAUACAGCCAUGUCUGCCCAGAUAUCGGCAAACAAUGGGGUUCCUGAAACCAUCGUCAAGAUGUGGGAAGAUGAGUUUGAGCUUCUAAGGCCCCUCGUCACCCGUGUUGAAACAGACUUCUCUCGCUUCAUACUGCUCGUUGCUCAACUCGAAGUCCAGGCUUACUACUAUAUCUCACCCCCUGACCAGCGUCCCAAUUUCACCCUCAAUACUCUCCGCACAUACAAUACCUCACAGAAUCUCAUCAACACAGCCCUCACGCUCGAGUCAACGUGCCAACUACUUACACAUAGCCCCCACUGGGUCUAUCGUGCUUUAGUCGAUGCCAGCUGCAUCCUCCUAUCCACGCUACACUCCACUGCUGCUCCGCAACAUCUCUCAUCCUCAGACGCUGAAGUUGUCGCUGCGCAGGUUCUAUCCCUUUUGAAAACCUGCUCAGUCCGUGAUAAUGACCUCCCCACCCGAGGUUCCAUUAUUCUCGAGACUUUCUGGUCUGUAAGACAUUUGCUCCCUAAGUGGGACAUUCCCGUUGGUGCAUGGCCGGAUCGUAUAGGUGCUGCCACAUCGUAUUGGUGUCUCACAGCCUUCAAGAAUGCGUUACAGGAGGCCAAGAAUAUCACAGAUGGUACACAAAAAGGCAUUGACGCCUUUCAACAAAGGUUCCCGGGGAACAACAACGGUGAUAACGAGGGCAAUGCCAAUGCUAACACAGACAUCAAUGGCCAAGAACAGACUAUGGACAGUACCAUCGAUCCCCUCCAGGGAAUUGACUGGUCCAUGAUCAUUGAUGAUUUCGGCUGGAUUGGAGAGGGUCCCGUGUUUCUUGGGCCAGCAUGA